UCAAAUCAGACAAAAAAAAAAAUUUGUCUCGAUAUAUAUCGAUAUAUAUUAUAUGCAAAUAUUCCGACGACCUUGCGAGACAAAAGCUUGGCAGAACCGAAUCUGUCCAGCGGAAACUAUGGUGAAGAUUCAUCCCGACCGGAAAACCCUCAGCACCGGAGAAGAAACAAGCUCGCCGUACUUGACGACGGAGAAAGAGAGUUUCACGAUUUGGAUGAAGUCGUUGGUGUUCAAUACAAACGGCUGCACCGUCUUCGAUUCAAAAGGGAAUAUAAUUUAUCGUGUCGAUAAUUAUAAUUCUAAGAGCUGCCGUGAAGUUGACCUAAUGGAUUUACACGGUCGUGUCUUGUUGACCUUACGUAGACAGAAGUUUGGAUUAUUCAAAACCUGGGAAGGAUACAGAUCACCGACGGGGACAGCUGAAUCAGCAACAAACUUAGACUAUUUUCGAGUGAAAAAUAAUAUGUUUAAGAUUCCUAGUAAAGAUUCAUCUUCUUCGUAUAGAGUCACAACGGGGUCGUGUAGAAACGAUGAAGAAUAUUGUUAUAAGAUGGUAACUCGGGGAUCAAGUUUAGGAAUCGAGGAGAGUUGUGGAAGACUUGUGGCAGAAGUGAAGAGAAAACAAUCGAGGAAUGGUUUGGAGUUAGGAGAUGAUGUUUUGACGAUGAUGGUUGAGUCACAAGUUGAUCACUCUUUCAUCAUCGGACUUGUUUUAACUCAUAGUCUUAUCAACUGUAAACUGUAAUAAAAACUGAAAACCAUCACUAACUGAUGGUGUUUUUGGGUUCAAAUUAUUAUUAGUUUUUAACUUUC